AUGAGGAGGUAUAAAUUAAAAGUCCUGGGAUUAAGUGAGACACGAUGGAAUGGCAGUGGUCAAACUAGGUUGGUCUCGGGAGAGACUGUCAUCUACUCAGGCCACGAGGACGAAGAUCAUGAACACACGCAAGGUGUAGCCAUAAUGAUGUCUCCAGAAGCAACAAAUGCUUUGAUUGCAUGGGAACCAGUCUCGCCACAACUCAUAGCAGCUCGUUUCAAUGCCAAGGGAAGGAAAACAACUUUAAUCCAGUGCUAUGCACCCACAAACGCUGCAACAGAUAAAGAGAAAGAGGACUUCUACAGUGCCCUGCAAGCUCAAAUUGACAAAUCAACAAAAAGAGAUAUAAAGAUAGUGAUGGGAGACAUGAAUGCCAAAGUUGGAACAGAAAAUAAAGAUCAUCCACCCACAAAGUUAGAAACAAUAAGAGCAAUAAAGAACAUGAAAAAUGGCAAAGCAGCUGGCCCGGACGUCAUCACACCAGAGGCAGACCCAGCCAUAUCAGCAGACAUACUACAUCCUCUACUUAAGCAGAUUUGGGAAGAAGAGAUAAUCCCAUCUGACUGGAAACUGGGGUACCUGAUAAAACUGCCAAAGAAGGGAGACCUGACACAAUGCAACAACUGGAGAGGGAUAAUGCUUCUUUUAGUCCCAAGUAAGGUGCUGACAAGAAUCAUCCUAGAGAGACUUAGAGAUGCCUUGGAAAAAAGCUGA